AUGCCCAGCCCCGCGCCGCGAGCCCGCCGGCCGCCCGCUCCCCCCGGCGCUCGGGACCAGCCCCCGCGCUCAGGCGGCUCCCGCGCGCCCCGGCCGCCCGCGCUCCCGCGCCGCCCCCCAGGCCCAGGCACUCCGCGGGCUCCCGGGCGCCUGGACUCGUCCUUCUCCGUCGAGGCCAUCCUGGCCAGGCCCGCCCGCCGCGCGCCCGCCGCCCCGCGGCCCGGCCCCGCGCCCUCCGGGCUUCCCGCGACGUGGCUGCCCGCCUACCUGAGCGCGGGUCUCCUCCAGCCUCGCCCCCAGCCGCCCCGGCCCGGGCUCCGCCUGGCUCCCUGCUGCGGCCUUCGGGGGGGCCUCGGCGUCACAGGCUUAGAGCUGGCUCACUGCUCAGGCUUCUGGGGUACCCCAGACUGGGCUGCAGCAGAGGAACUUCAGGACACUGAGAGACCCCAAAAGAGGGUUCGGACUAUUUUUAACUUGAAGCAGCUGGAAGAGUUGGAGAACGUCUUUACAAAGCAGCACAAUCUUGUGGGGAAGAAGAGAGCUCAGCUAGCAGCCCGGCUCAACCUUACAGAGAAUCAGGUGAGAAUCUGGUUCCAAAACCGCAGGGUCAAGUAUCAGAAGCAGCAAAGGCUGAAGCUGCCAGCUGUAUCUGCCGUGGCUGCCCCCCAGGAUGAGCCCUCCAGCAGCUCUGAUAACAGCAUACAGAGAGAAGACACUGAGUCAGGAGUGGACAGCUGAGGACUGGAACAGAGCCCGAGGCCAUCUGGGCUAGUUCUUCUUGGGGGAACUAACUGGAACUAUUGAGGCCUUUUUCUUCACCUGUGUAAUGGGUGCAUGAACAACUUAGUCCUCCCAGAGCUGACAGGAUGUCUGUAAAGCUGUUACAGUGUACCAGACUGGGUGCUAAGUGUUCAGUAACUGUUAAGGUUUCUAGAUUUCCUUCACCUGGGGAAAUCUGCGUUCUGGUGUGGUGCUUACACCAGAACUGGCCUCUCCAGGUAUUUCAUCUGUUACUGACCUGGCCUGGCUGAGAAGGGGCCUCCCUGAAUCAGUGUCUGGGCCUAGAAGCCUCUUGCCCUCUGAAGGUGGUGGAGUUGGAAGCAAAGAGGGAAAGGUAAACUGUUUUGCCUACUUGCCUUCAUGGAGUUUCCCAAAGUUUUCUUAUUUUGUCUGAACUAUUACCACUUUCAGUAGCUCAGCCCCAGCUGCCUGAGUAGAAGCAGGCAUGCUACCCUGGCCACGAUCUUUUCCCCUAUAGUUAUCCACCCUCAUUCCUCUCCACCAUUACAUAAAAUAGAGAAAUUUGGCUCUACCUUUGCCAAGGCAGGCAUUUUGUCACUCUGCUUAUUUCCAGGAGACAGUUAUAACUUCUCCCCCUUCAAGAUCUUAACUCAUGAUCUGCUUUCCUUCCCAGGAAGCUGCUAAGUUUUUCUAUAAGAAACCUGCUGAUAGUCUACCCAUGUGAGGCCAGUCACCAGCAAUUCCAGACCUGAUUUUUCUAGCUUUCUUCAUUCCUGGACAGGCCUCUGUUAAGGGUAUUGAUUUAGAACCUAGGAUGGUUUCUCCAUAGUGAGGUGAGCUGGUGAAAAGAGGCCUGCCCUGCCACCUCGUGGUGAGAGAAGGCAUGGUCCCCAUUGCUGUCGGCAGUGUUCUGAAGGAAAGAGGAAAGGCAGGGAGCAGAGGUUGCCCUGGAAAACCACAUGCUUCCAAGGUAGUGGUAGACCAGCCUCUCCUAGACACUAGGUCACAGGCUUCAGAGAGGCCAGCGUCUAGCCCCAAGAACCCUUCUCUCUCCCAGUCUUAAGGGAAAUCCUUCCUAAUGCUGGACCCAAAGUCAACUCCCUCAAUCAAAGGGAUCCAGCUGCAUCUACCUCUUCUAGCACCUGCCUCUUCAA